CUGAGGUGUGAGGCAGGGGGAGAUAUUUGGGAGAAAAACGAAAAGUUUAUUUUUGGAGCGUUACGUUACUGGAGCUCCCGAAACCGGCUGUCGUUCUUUGAAAGGUUUUCUUGACUGGAGGCUUGGUUUGAGACUAGUAGGCUAGAAUGGCCAUGCAAAUGAGCGAGUCGGAGGGGACAGUGAAGGUCCAAGAGUGGCAGCAGACCUAUUACGCUGCAGACUCUGGCAUCCAGUCAGGGGCCACCACCAUGCGCGAUGACGAUGGGUCCGACUACAGCACCAAGAAGUACACUGUCACCACCACCACAGUCGUCGAGAACCCCGCGGAUGUGGAGUCUCAGUAUGCCCUGACACGGGCCCAGCGGGUUCGGGCAGCCAUGUACCCAGAGACGGUGGUGGAGGGGAUGACCAUCCUGUCCACACAGACUGACCUGGGGCAGCAGACCAACGUGCAGCGCCUGGCUGAGCCAUCCCAGCUGCUCAAGACCGCCAUCAUCCACCUCAUCAAUUACCAGGAUGAUGCUGAGCUAGCCACCCGCGCUGUCCCCGAGCUCACCAAGCUGCUCAACGACGACGACCAGAUGGUGGUGAACAAGGCAGCGAUGAUCGUGAACCAGCUAACCAGGAAGGAUGCCUCCCGCCGCGUUCUGAUGCAGUCGCCACAGAUGGUGGCAGCAGUGGUGCGCACCAUGCAGAACACCAAUGACAUGGAGACUGCCCGCUGCACCGCCAGCAUCCUGCACAACCUGUCCCACCAACGCGAGGGCCUGCUGGCCAUCUUCAAGUCCGGAGGCAUCCCCGCCCUGGUGCGCAUGCUGAGCUCACCCAUGGAGUCGGUGCUCUUCUAUGCCAUCACCACCCUGCACAAUCUGCUGCUGCACCAGGAGGGAGCCAAGAUGGCGGUGCGCCUGGCAGAUGGACUGCAGAGGAUGGUGCCGCUGCUGAAGAAGAGCAACCCCAAGUUCCUGGCCAUCACCACCGACUGCCUGCAGCUGCUUUCAUACGGCAAUCAAGAGAGCAAGCUGAUCAUCCUGGCCAAUGGGGGUCCAGAAGGCCUGGUGCACAUCAUGAGGAACUACAACUAUGAGAAGUUGCUGUGGACCACCAGCCGUGUACUGAAGGUGCUCUCUGUCUGCCCCAGCAACAAGCCGGCCAUCGUGGAGGCUGGAGGGAUGCAGGCUCUCGGGAAGCACCUGACUGGGUCCAGCCAACGCCUCAUGCAGAACUGCCUGUGGACCCUGCGGAACCUAUCAGAUGCCGCCACCAAGCAGGACGGUCUGGAUGGGCUGCUCCAGGUGCUGGUGAGCCAGCUGGGCUCCGACGAUGUCAACAUGCUGACCUGCGCCACAGGCAUCCUCUCCAAUCUGACCUGCAACAACAGCCGCAACAAGGCCCUGGUGACCCAGAGUAACGGCGUGGAGGCACUGAUCCAUGCUGUGCUGCGCGCCGGCGAGAAGGAGGACGUGGCCGAGCCGGCUGUCUGCGCCCUGCGCCACCUCACCAGCCGUCACCCAGAUGCUGAGCUGGCCCAGAAUGCCGUGCGCCAUCACUAUGGCAUCCCCGCCAUCGUCAAGCUGCUCAACCAGCCCUUCUACUGGCCUGUCGUCAAGGCCACAGUCGGAUUGGUCCGCAACCUGGCUUUGUGCCCGGACAAUCAGGGGCCCCUGAGGGAUGCAGGCGCCAUCCCCCGGUUGGUCAACCUCCUGCUGAAGGCCCACCAGGAUGCCCAGAGGCAGGCCACCUCCAGCACACAGCAGACCUACCAGGACGGCGUGAGGAUGGAGGAGAUUGUGGAGGGCUGCACUGGUGCCCUGCACAUCAUGGCCCGAGACCCGAUUAGCAGGAGCGAAAUCGCCAGCAUGCAGACCAUCCCCCUCUUUGUACAGCUGCUGUACUCUCCCAUUGAGAACGUGAAGAGGGUCUCCGCCGGCGUGCUCUGUGAGCUGGCACUGGACAAGCAGUCCGCUGAGAUCAUUGAUGCCGAGGGAGCUUCAGCACCCCUGAUGGAGCUGCUGCACUCCAGCAACGAGGGAAUCGCCACCUAUGCUGCCGCUGUCCUCUUCCGCAUCUCUGAGGACAAAAACUCCGACUACAGGAAGCGUGUGUCAGUGGAGCUGACGCACUCCCUGUUCAAGCAUGACCCAGUCGCCUGGGAGAUGGCCCACAACACUGUAUCCAUGGAGCCUGGAUAUGGGCCAGAAGAUCUGGAUGUCCAGUAUGCUCCCUAUGGCUACGUCCCUGAAAUGGCAAUGAAUGGAGCUCCGAUAGAUGGAGAUAUGCACGACGAGUAUCCGCAAGACAUGGGCUUUGAUACCCUGCACAGACCAUACAAUGAGUACUAACAGUCAGAUGGAGAGAAUGCAGAGGGAGAGAGAUGGAGGAGAGGUGAAGAGAAGACCAGAAUCACAUGACACAAAGAAUCUGUUCAGGGGGAAUUCAGGGACUGUUAAAAACAAAUUCAGUGUCUCUUUAACCUUUCCAGUGGUUUCCUUGUAGUGAAAACAUUGAAAUAUAAAAAAGCUUUAACUUUUUAAGUGCUUUGU